CUGAUAGCCUCUCCGAAAAUAGUACACCACCACCACCUCCAUUGCUUUGCCUGCUUGUCUGCCGACCAAGGGAAAGUUAACAUUCAGAACAUCCAAAUGGCACUGUUUCCUAUCGGGCUUUACAGCAUUGAGGUCAUUAGUAACUUUUAGUCAUAGCCAGACUCUCAAAUCUCAGCGCUGAGACUUGCCGUGAUAGGACAUUCAUCUCUUGAUUAGUUACAUUUAACUUUGCUUCGAUUUAGUUUAGAAGUGCUUGAUGUAGACAAUGACUGGGCUGAUCAUAACUGCUGAGCCUGAUGGGUAUCCUGCCAGCUGCUCUGAAUCUGAAGACAUUCUGGGUUGUCAUCAUAGAGCCUUUAGGAUAAAUACUUACGCAAGCUCUGGAUCAACAGCCUGCAUAGCUACAGUGAAAUAUGUCCCACCUAAAGACACAAGAAAAACAAAUGUUGUUGAUUUAACAUUUGUUUGUGAAUCGGUUUCUUGUGGUGUAGACUCUGUUGAUAAAAAAUCACAGAGACAUGAUAAUAUCUCUCCUGGUAGGCCGACAUAGUUUAAUCCCGGCAGAUAUUUACCUUUAUAUUCAGGAAUCUGUCACAAUCGGACCCCGCAUUCUUACACCCCGGCCAAACUCUUACAUGUGGUGGCAGCUGUGGAGAGUCUGAACAAAGAUAUGUAACACUCAUACAAACAAGACUAAGGGUCUAUGCCCUCAACUCUGUGAGGCUGUAUGAGGCACAGUGGUACUUUGUGCUAAAUGCUAACAUCAACACGCUAGCAUGCUCUUAAUGAUAAUGCAAAUGAUGUUGACCAGGUGUAAUGUUUACUAUGUUCACCAUUUUAGUUUUAGCAGCAAGUACAGCUGAGGCAGAUGAUGGUAUUUGUACUGGAAAAAUUGAAAUUUUGACCUGAUGGAAAAAUGAAGGGAUCACCAAAGUCAAUAUAAUUCAUCCUUGUGGCACCAUGGAUGGAAUUCAUACACUAGAUGUUAAGAUAUUUAAGUCUGGACCGAAGUGUCCAACAAACUGACAGACUGACAUUGCCAUCCCAAGAGCUACGUUACUGGCAUGGCUAAAAAACGUUUCAGAUUUACAGCUCCAGUAACAUUCGGUCAGGUUCAAACUGGUACAUUGCCAGUUUUAUGCAUUUUGAUUUUAAAAUAAUGUUGAGAAAAUUUUCAUACGCACAUUUAAACUCUCAAUUUUAAGCUUACAUUACAUUUUCCUGCAUUUUUCUUCUUAAAUAUAGCUGAUAUUGAUUCUGUAGCUUAUUCUAGUUGCACCCAUUUUUAUAACCACUGCACAGGUGAAACAAAGCAACAUAUGUGGUCAUAUCAGACAAAAUGACCAUACUUUUUUUGAAACAUUUAAAUAAUGAAGCCCAUGACCCACUGUUACUUUGGUUCUAUCUUUUUUUUUCAUCUUUCUCCUCUCUCUUCUUCCCUCCUGGUCCUCCUCCAUCUUAUGUACAACUUACACUUAAAGCUCUAAUUGUAAUCUAAUUAAAGAACUACAAAAACACAAAUAAACAAUGCAAUCUCCAUGGCACACAGAGUCUCAGCACAUAAAUUUGCUUCAACUACAUUGUAUUUUCCUUUGGGGCAUUGACAGACCUUUAAACCUGUUGAUUGAGGCUGGAUGAUCCCCCUUGCUAGAAAAGCAACGCUGCCAUUAUCAAUGCAGCAGGAGGUUACCAAUGAUAGCUGCUCCCUUUGGCAGCCUUGCCCUGCAGCUGUCUCCAGACCUCAGGAUAGUAACCAAGAUCAGUCCUGGGUCAGACACUCAGAAAAAAUAUCACCCUCUCUUCAUGGAGAUGAUAUCAGAGCUAACAGAACACUGCUGUUAAAGCACAGCUUUAGUUACUAGUUACUUUGCAGAUUUAUAUAAUUCAUAGAAAAUAAAAAUCAAUGAAUAAAUUAUCAUAUAGCUAUAGGUUAAGCUACCUAGCAGUAUAUAAAGUAAUUCAAAUUAGCCCCACAUCAACCAGCUUCAGUGGGCCUUCUGCUUAAUGAGUACUUCUAGUACUUUUUAUUUUUACUUAAGUAAGAUUUUGAAUGCAAGACUUUUACUUUUAACAGUGUUGAUGAGUGUUUUUUUUUAUAUAUACACUGCAGUAUGUAUACUUUUUAUUAAGUAAAAUCUGAAUACUUCUUCCACCUGUGGUUUUAGCUAUACUUAGAUAUUAGGCUACAGACAGUGUUUUACAGACAUUUCUAACACUAUUGUUCAAAUUCUUACAUCCUUCAAACUCUAAAAAACAAAACCAUAAUGCUGUCCCAGUAUUAUUAUAAGAAACUUGAAAUAUCCUUUAACUUUGUGAGCAAUCAGAUGAAAAAGUCUCCACACAAACACUGCCAUUAGAGGAGUGAGAAGUCUAAGAAUAUACAAUUCUGCUGUAUGCUGUCACAGUUUCCCUGUCAAACUAAACAAGCACUACAUUGCAGAGGCUUUCAGUAGGCAGGCCCACAACAAGUCAGUAAGAGGUCUGAUAAGUUACUUUGCCCAGGACAGAAGUUGGCUGUCUUUCAAGAAAAAAAAAAAGGUCAAAAUCCAAAUGCAGCAGCAUGGCUGAAAUGCUUUACUUUCCCCUGUGGCUCCAUAUGUUUUUGAUUCCAUAUGCUUUCUAUUGUGCUGUGGCAGCAACAUUAAUUACAGUGGUGCUAGGAGUACAGCAAAGAUUUGUAGAUUGUUGCUGUAACACAGGAAACGGAGGAAGCUUAGUGUUUUUUCCUGUGGACAUGGGAGAACUGUUAAGUGAGACGACUGCUUCACCCCUCUCAUGUCCCCCUUCAAUCACUUUGUGCCUGCCUAUCUCUCCUUUAAAGGUUUUUGCUGUCACUGUUUCAUGGUGUGUUUUAUUUUCUCCUUCUUUUUAGCCAUUUUUACUGUGAAGAGUGUUAGACAGUUUCUCUCUCUCGCUCUCAUUUUUCCUUUUAAUGACCUCUCUGUUGGCCAUCUUGCCUUCCCAGGACAACUUUGACAGACAGAUUUGUUGAGUAGCAGCAGGCACAUACCCAGUGGCCUUUUACUGAGGCAUUUAUGCCAGCAUGGCAGACACAACCAACUAGCCACUGCCAGCCCUGCCCCCUGGGCCUGGAUGAGGUGAAGAUGAGACUGCCAUACUAAAAAACACAAUCCUGUUACCCCCUCAUACACUGAACUCCUGACCCCAGUUUGUGACAGACUGUGCAGCAUCUCCCAGGACUCCCACUGUCCGGGGAGAGAUGAGUCUUGUGUCAUCUGCUUCAUGACACAGAGGCAGCAUCACACCAGGUGGCCCCUCAUAACCUCUGUGUGCUGCUGCCAGUGAGUCACACAUACACCUGCAAACUCGCACAAAACAAUGGUGGAAAAAAUAUGUUAUGCAACAUUGAACUCUAACCAAGCUAUGAUAGGUCAAAGACAAAACCAGACUAAUAGUUCCCUUAACUGGUUGCUAUGGUGUGUGAGUGUCCUCCCUGCUUUCCUCCUAGAUACUGUAUCAUUUAUAUGAAUCUGGAAACUAAUCAUCGUGUAAGUAAACAAUCAUCCUUUAUCAGUAUUUGUGUAUUAAUGUUCUCAAUGAUCAAUAUAGUAAUAUUGACAUUUACUGUUUUAAAUCACUCUGAACCUUGUAAGGCCAAUGCUAAUAUAGAGUUAUCAUGACAUUUAUAUAUAGAAAAGCUAUGUGUGUACCAACAAAAAACACAGCUCCACCUACAAUUAGAUCACACAAUACAAAUAAUUGACUGGGAUAAUGGGUUUUAUAGUCUGCUCUUAUUUUCAUAUGGAUGUUUGUCUGACUGGUUAAAAUGUUGUCUCAUUAAACUUUAGGGAACUUGCAAUAUUUAGUGUGAAAGCUACAUCUCUUUUAUCCUUUGUAUGAUACUUUUGUCCUUAACUAGCCGGGGUGGGGUAUGCACACACACUGCACCCUCUUUCUAAAAAGACCAUAGUGAGCCUGUUAAUAAAAAUAAAAAAAACGUAUUUUAGCUAAUUUGGCAGCUUUAACUUUGAUUUUUAAAGUGUGACUAAUUAAUUAAUGUAUUAAUUAACGUGUAAUUUUAAGUAAUAAAUUCACCUACUUGCAAACUUAGAUACUCAGCUAACAUCAACCCACACACAUUGUAUAAACCAUCCUCAAGUGUUGCAAAUUUCUAUUCCAAUCUUCUUAAUUUACUAUAUAUUCUUCCUACUAAUACUAAUUAGUAUGAUCAGCUUCUAUAGUGUUUGGAUGGAAGGGCCUUUUAUUAUCCUUCCUUUAUCAUCUUUGCUAUCAAUCUGCAUGUAUUAUUCCUUUAAUCCUCAAGGUGGCACUCUUCACUGACUAUGCCGCCACAGUGCACACAAACACACACACACAUACUGUACACACAUUGAGCUUGUGUAAUCCCUUUCAUUUUUGAUGAGUCAAAGCCAGCACUCACUCUCCUCAGGGGAAAUGUCUGAAAGGAUGAAACAGCCCCGGCCAAGGAGGUACUGUAAAGAGGAAGAGGAGGAGGAGGAGGAGGAAAACUUUACUCAAAGUUUGUUGAUUUGACAUAAGGCCACCAGUAUCCUCGAUGUGGGCGGUUUGUUUGAUGUGAUGAGACCGCGUAGUCCUCCACCCCCUCACCCUCAUCUUGUCAAUCCAUCACUGAGUAAGGUGAGGAGAAUAGGGAGUGGAUUGAGUUUCUGCCGGCUGGAAAAUGAUCCUCGAGUAUUUCAGGAGCAGUCGAGCCACGGUGUCUGUCUGUGUCACCUUCAGGGCAGGUGGGAGUGACAGUGUUUGUGUUAUGUCUCAGAGCCCACGUCUGCCAGUUUCACUGAGACACAGGUGUAACUUUGGACCACCCAGUCUUAGAUUACAUUGUCUGAGUGUAUAGACAAAAUAUAUUUUUUAGUGUAGCAAACAGCAAGUAUUUGUCAAGUCAAUGAAUAGAUGGAUGGAUGGAUAUUUGUUGCUAUAUGUAUGUACUGUAUGUAUAGAUAAAUACAUACACAUACUGUAUAUACUGUAUUAGCUCAGACUGAAAUAUCUCAGCAACUAUACAUUUUGUACAGACAUUCAUGGUGCCCAGUGGUUAAAGCCUACUGACUUUGUUGAUUCCUUGACUUUUCUUCUGUGCCACCAUGAGGUUGACACUUUGGGGUUUUACUAAAAUAGUCAAACAACUGUUGUAUUGAUUUCGAUUACCAUGUGGUACAGCAAAUAGUGCCUAGACAUAGUAACUUAGUGAUCUCCCAACUUUUCCUCUAGUGUCUCAAAGUGUUCAAUUAUCCUUCACCAAUCUUAACAUCUACCAGAUGGACUGGCACAAGAUUUUGUACAGACAAUCAUGGUCCCUACUGACUCUGGUGAUUCCCCGACUUUUCCUCUAGCGCCACCACAAAAUUGGCAUGUGCAUGUGUGGGUUUGAGUGAAACAUCUCAACAAAAAGGCCAUGGAAUUUGGUUCAGGUUUCUCUGAAAUAACUCUGAUGACCUUCUGACCUCUGAAUCCUCUAUAGUGUCGUCAUCUGGUCAAAAUGAUGUCAUUUUUUAAGUUGAUAUGGUGAACUGUCAGCAGUAACCCAUAAUAUUUACUUUAUUAUAAAGAGCAACAAUAGCAUUUAUUUCUAAGUCAUAUAUUUCUAGCCACCUGCUAUAUGUUACUCCACUAGUCAAUCUCCUUAUAUUUCUAGUUUUGUCUCCUAGCUAACUGCUAGCUAUAAACUAUUAUUAAAAAAUACUUUGUAUUUUACGUAAUUGUUGGCAUCAUUUCAGCUGUUGUAAAAGUCCAAUGUCAGCAAGUAAAACCUGAUGCUGAUGCUAUCUGGACAAGCCACAUUCCUGUACGCUGCAGCGAAGGUUAAAUAUUAGCCAAUCGACUUCAGAACACUACAUUACCACUGUCUGUCUUUGAGAGAACAUCAGAUGGUUAUUUUUUUAAACCUAUUUUCCAGAACUAUGUUGUAUCUUCAAAGAUGCAUUUUUCCACUGUUUUCUGCACACUACCGAUGCUAAAAUGCUAAAAUAAUGUUUAAAUUCAACAUACAGACUAUGGUUUCCAGAAAUUUUAAAACAAACAUGGCUAUACUCUUUUCUUAUUUGCUGGAUAUAUUUCUACUGUUUGUACAGUUCAUACAACAUAGUAGAGUAGUAUGUACAGUAGUCAUGGUCUUUUUCUACUAUUAUAUUAAACUACUAUGGGAUGGUACUUUGACAGUACAGUGCUGGUCUGAAGUACAACACCCUGGUAAUACUGUGAUAGUGCAGGUAAAAACUUCUUAGUUUAACUGUUGCUGUCAUUUAGACCAGUCAACAUGCAAAGUUGACAGGUUCAGUUUUAAAUGCAUCUUUUAUAUUGAUUUGAAGCCAGCCCUGGCAGGUAUCCUUAAGUAUCAAUGAGGUCAUUUUCCAUUAGCUAGCACUGACCCGCAUCCAUGAUUACAUCUGUGCAUAUGGUGGACUAUUUGAAAUACCAAAACAAAUCUUAGACGGGGACUUUUUAUUAUAGAAAUAGGGCUUUUUAUUUUUAUGUUGUAUGAUCGGCUUGAACUCAGACACAGUUUGACACGCACACACACACACUUUAACUCUAACUUAACAGAGUGGCUCCAGAUCGAGUGAGUCACUUAUUCGUCGUCAUGAAUAAAUCACACCCACUGCAACUCUUUUACUCUGCACCACUGACUUUUCCAAAAAACACCAACACACCCGCAGACACACGUUCACACGCAACCACACUGUACAAAUACACACAGGGCUAUAGGUUGCAUCCUUCGCUCUGACUAAUUUCCUCUUUACUGCAGUGUAUUUUCCAGGGAUUGGCAUUUCUUGAAAAUGCAGUGUACAGUACAGCCCUGAAACUGGAGCAAAAAAAGAAAGUUCUAUUUAAAAAUGGAGCCCUUUUACAUUACUUUUGAAAUAUUUAUUUUAUUUUAGACAUCACAUAAAUCCUUCUUUAAAAACAUAAAAAGUUAAGUGUUCAUCAUUGUGGCCCUUUACAGUGCAUCUCUGCAGGCAACAUGGUAGGCUAUAUACAAAAACAGCUAUAACAAGUUUUUACUAAUAUCUCUUUGUUACUCUUCUAAAAUGCCGUUGAGGAAAGAAAACAAUCUCUUGCCCUCUCUACUCCUCAAGAAGACAUUUGUCACUUUCCAUUUUUACAGCCUCUCCUCCCUCUCCUCCCCCCUCUUAGCGGUAAAACGGAGUUCAUGUCGCCCCGCAUUUCCCUGAGGCAAACUGAUGGCUACACCCAGACGUACAUACACAGCAAGAGUGACUGCUCCUUUUAUGCCACUUUGUUUAUGGUGUACUCUUGGACAGUGAAGCUUUCUUUUUCUCACUCACACAUUAUUCUGUCUCACACAUUAUUCUGUCUCACUCCUAUCCAUUUUUUUGUUGUCCUUUUUACUUAUUGCUCAAUUUAUCUUUUAAAGUUAUCUAUUUUCCCACCACUCCUUCUAUCUAAUCCACUUCAGUGUAUCGCUCCCACCCGCUUUGUCAGUCUCAUUCUUACCUCAUUGUCAUCUUUCCCUCUCCUGCCAUAGAUUUCAAUCUUUCCAGCAUACGCCUGAAUCUCACUGUGGACAAAGAGCCGGUGAAUUUUCCCACCGGGAAAGGCAACAUGAGUUUGCUUCUACACUGUAGGAAAUGGACUCGUAUUUUAGGCAUUGAUUUCCUCCCAGUAUUAUGGGAAGGAGAUGGCAGUGAGGUUAAGGCUAAGAGCCCAGCGGUCGAUACACAUUCUCAUCACAAUGCCGGAUGUUCCUCCCUAGUCAGAUUGGUUUCACUGCCCCGGCACCGACAGUAAUUGUCAUCAGGUGGCUUUAUUAAUUGAGCAGUGUCAAGCACUAAAAGAAAGAUGGCAGGAGUUGACUUUAAUCAGGGAUUUACAGUAUGUUUUGAAAUAAGCAGUACGGGAACUCACAGUGGAAAUAUUAGCUGCAAUUUAAUAGCACUGCUAUUCUUUUCUGUCUGUCAGAAAUAAUAACAGUAAUGAUAGUAUUAGUGACAGUAAUUGUGUUAACAAUGUUGGUACCAGUAAUAGUAAGACAUAUUGCUUUAUUUAUGAAUCAACAGUAAAUAGUCAGUUUCAAAAAGUGACAAGAAAGCAUAUUUUCACCUUUUCUUUACCUCUAGUGGUUUCUAACUGUUAUUUGUCCAUGUUUUGAAAUCUUUUCUCUGCAGCGCCAAGACAAUGGAAGUCAAUGGAAUAUCACUUUUUAUCAAAGUAGUCCCUCUAUGAAAACAGUUACAGUGAGGUCUGUGGAUUAUCCAGAGUAGUGGUACACAAACACUUUCUGUCAUUACCUACUUUGUACACAAGCAACAUGCUUCUCAUUAGUUUCUGGUAAGCAAAUGAAAAUAAGGUUUAAACUUUGACUAAGGCUUUUACGCACGUGGUGUCAUGGCCAUGGCUGUACCCUUGCCUUUUCCUUGUGUUUGCCCCUCCCCUGUGUCUCCUAUACUACUGUCUGUUAUUCACCUAUCUACAAUCAACUCAUCAACCCAACAGUAUAUCUACUCCGGUUCUCCGACUAUUAAUCACUGCCAGAUUUUCAGUCUACAACAGUGGGAGUUUGAUAGCCUUUUCUUGUGCCUUAGUGAGUAGUCCAAGUAAUUUCUUAGUUUAUGUCACACUCUUAGUUAACUGCAACUGUUAUUCUUUAGGAUUAUAACUCACCCCUGCAUGCCAGCCACCUACGAGCUCUUCCUCAGCCAUCUUCAGUAAGCCAUCUCCACAACCCUCUCAUCAUUGUCAUCACAUUGGGGGCGGCAGUAGCUCAGUGUGUAGGGACUUGACUUGGGAACCGGAGGAUUGCCGGUUCAAGUCCCACAGACCACAAAAUAUGGAGUGUGGACUGGUAACUGGAGAGGUGCUAGUUUCAUCUCCUAUGCACUGCCGAGGUGCCCUUGAGAAAGGUAGCAAGUAACCCCAAAACCUGGUCAUGGGGCCCCAUCACUCCACAAGUGCAUGAAGUGUGCAUUUCAGCCUCUCUUGUGUGUGUGUGAAUACAAAAAAGAGUGAAAAGAACAAUUUCCCCUUAGGGGAUCAAUAAAGUAUAUAUAUAAAAAAAAUCAAUCAGUGUCUUGUAUUUGGGUCCAAAUACUUGUAUCAAUCAUGAAACAGGGGGAAUUGAGAGCAUUGGUAGGUCUCUUUGUUUUGAUUUGUUUGCUUGAUUUUUCUUCUUCCCUGUCUGAACUCUGUCCAUUUUGUACGUCACAUGUUCUUUUGCUUUCUGAAUUAAUCUUGCUAACCUGUUGGAAUCAAAACAUGCUUGUUUCUUCAUUCAUUCAUUCAAAUGCAUAACAUUAACGAUGAUCGAGUAAUUAUUGCAGGGCACUGCAACAUUUAAUAAUGUUCCUUACACCUGUCACACCUUGACAUGUUAAAAUGUCUACUGACAUUGACAUUCCAAAAAACACUUUUUUGGUUUGCAAUAAUUUACGUUUAAAGUUUUUGUUUUUACCCAACGAUUCUUUCUGUGAUGUUGGCAAUAAAUGCAGAGUUUGUUUGUACCUUUAUGACCAAAAGUUGAGCUGAUCUCGAUUUUCUAGCAGUUUUUCUCGUACUUAGGUGUUUCUUGCCACGAAUACAAUAUCUGUGUGUAUAGUAUACGUAUGUCUCUCUGGUGUGUGUGCUUGUGUGUAGGUGUAUUUCAGUAGCCCAGGUCUUCUCAGCCAUUGCAUGAGGCGCCUGAAAGUACAGAGGAAUGUAGCAAGGUACUGCAAAGACGAACGCCUCUCUCACACGCACACACUUCUUUACCACCUUCUUGCCCAUCUUAGAGGGAGCAGUUUUUCUCCACCCACCAUAGCAGCUGGCACCAGCUCAGCCCCAUCCCACAAAACCAAGAAUAAGCCCCAGAAAAAGACGACAACUGAUACUUAAUGGACAGAUAAGACUUUUGGACGAGCUCCUCGGACACACAGAUUUCCCCAUUUUUGUGCAGAAGCGAUCCGGCUUGAGAUUUAUUGACUGCAGAGUAAGCAGAACAGAAAAUAGACAAAAUCAGACUUUAGUAGACAGCUACAGAGCAUUGCUAGAGAUGAGGGGAGAAAACCUCCCUGUGUUUUUCCUGAUGAUUGGGGUGACCUUGCUCAGUGGCCUUGCCUGCUUUGAACAUAAGUCUAUGGAUGACAGUGUCCACACAGAGGAGGUGGAAAGGUCGAGGCCCCCACACCUUGUCUUUAUCAUGGUGGAUGACCAAGGUUACGGAGACAUUGGCUACCAUGGCUCAGACAUCCACACUCCUGUGUUGGACCAGCUGGCAGCAGAGGGGGUCAAACUUGAAAAUUAUUACGUCCAGCCUAUCUGCUCACCCUCUCGCAGUCAACUCAUGACAGGGCGCUACCAAAUUCACACUGGACUCCAGCAUUCAAUCAUCCGAUCACGUCAACCCCUCUGCCUGCCCUCGGACAUUCCAACCCUACCAGAGCGCCUGGUUGAAGCUGGAUAUGCCACACACAUGGUGGGGAAAUGGCACCUGGGCUUCUGCCGGCCGAGUUGCUUACCAACAGGACGUGGUUUCCAGAGUUUCCUGGGCACGUUGACUGGCAGUGGAGAUCACUUCUCUUAUCAGAGCUGUGAUGGGGCUGAAGCUUGUGGAUUUGACCUGCAUGACGGAGACAGACCUGCCUGGGAGAUGACUGGCAACUACUCCACUCUGCUCUACAUAGAGAGAGUGAAGCAGAUCCUGAGCAGCCAUGACCCCGAUAAACCACUCUUCCUCUAUCUGUCCCUUCAGGCUCCCCAUACACCCUUGCAGGUACCGGACCAUUUUCUGCACCACUACAAUUCCCAGAGCAAUCGUCUCAGGCGCCACUAUGCAGCCAUGUUGAGCUGCCUGGAUGAAGGGGUUGGACAAGUGGUCCAGGAACUGAAGACUAGUGGGCUCUAUCAAAACUCAGUACUGAUCUACUCAUCUGAUAAUGGUGGUCAGCCAUUGUCUGGGGGGAGCAAUUGGCCCCUGAGAGGUGGCAAAGGGACCUACUGGGAAGGGGGCAUCCGGGCUGUGGGCUUUGUCCAUAGUCCCCUCCUGAAGAGGAAGGGUGUAGUCAGCAGAGCACUGAUCCAUGUUUCUGACUGGUAUCCUACACUACUUGGGCUGGCCGGGGCCCUGUCGUCUCAUCGUGGCCUAGAUGGUCAUGAUGUGUGGGGGACCAUCAGCGAGGGCCUAAGCUGUCCUCGCACUGAAAUCCUUUUCAACAUUGACCCAGUCUCGAGGAAGCCCGGGGAGCCAUAUGACAAGGCAUUGGUACUCAAUGGCUUUGGGAUCUGGGACACAGCCAUAAGGGCAGCAAUAAGGGCUGGGGACUGGAAGCUACUGACAGGAAAUGUGGGUGAUGGGGAUUGGAUACCACCACAAGCUCUUCCUGUUGGUCCAGAACGAUGGCAGAAACUUGAGAAGCGGCGUAAUGAGCUGGGGAAAUCAGUUUGGCUGUUUAACGUCACCUCUGACCCCUACGAGAGAUCAGACCUAGCAGAAGCUCGUCCAGAGAUAGUGAAACAUCUGCUUACCAGGCUGGCAGAGUACAACCAGACAGCUGUGAUGGCUAGAAAUCUACCAGAUGAUCCUAUGGCUGACCCUGAACUCCAUGGAGGGGUGUGGAGCCCUUGGCUGGGCCUGGAGGGGCAGGAGAAGGAUAGUGGAGAGGAAAAUGUCAGGAAAGAAAAAAUGAAGAAGAUUAAGCACUGCAAAGUAUGUAAAUUAAAAGCCCUCUUCAAGAAGGUAGGGUCACGCCUACAGAGGAACACCCUGUUCUCCUAAAUGUCUUAUCUAGCAACAUCAGUUGGAAAGGGUUUAGUAUGCUUCAAACGAACUAGGUUGUACAAAGUGUAGACUAAAGGCAAUGUUAAUGUUCUGAAUAGCCACGCUCAAGGCAAAACACCUUCAGUGAAACACCAGGUCUUUCACUGCAUCAGUACACUGAGGCGUAUUUGGAAAGUUGCAAAAAUUAAUGGACACAGACAAUUACAACAUCAGAAAUUAGUGGAGGUAGGGAGUUUCAGACACUGUUCGAUAAUCCUUUGAAGCAUACUCAGACCUUAACCAGGAGGAAGUGAAAGGGAAAGAGAGAUGGAGACAAACAAAAAUACAGACCAGCAGGCAAGCAGGCAGGUUAAAACAGACAAGAUAGAGCCACAAUCAAAUACUGAAGGUCGCCAUAUAAACAGGCCGCCUGAUAGACACAGCAGACAGGGCUGUGCGGCUGGCUGAGCAAGCUGACUCACUCACUGUCCUGCGGCCAAACUGAAGCAGGGUGACUUUGGGCUGGCGUUGGACUGCGUAGGGAGCAACGUGUGUGUCAUUGUGUGUGUAUGCCUGUAUUCAUGAACUGAAUAGAGUGCAUACAUGUGGACAUGAGGCCUGAAGAGAUGGGAAGAGCAAGAAAGGCACGGACAGUGACCUCUCGAUGUCUCAUCUCCUUAUCAUUCCAGAGGACCCUUUAAGGAUGACACAAAGACACCCACGGGGGAUGUAUUUGUCAAAUGUCACCUUGUCUUUUUGUUCUUAGGCGUUAUACACAUUCACUUUGUUCAUACUGUAGUGCAUAUUCUGAAAGACUUCUGACCACCCCAAGAUGUCCCAGCAGCAAUGACUAAUUAACAAAAAUAGCUGAUACUAUCAGUCUUUUCUGGACUUUUGAAUGUUACUUAACUCAUCUGCUGUGUUAUGAAAUGCUGGAAAAAGGAUUCAAAUGAUCUAAAUAAAAUGAUGACAACUAAAAAAUCUAUGUUAGCAUCUCAUGACUACAUACAAUCUCUGCAGAAAGUCAUGGACCAAACUUGUUGGGCACUCAGAAAAAGACAGCUUUGUUAUUUUAACAAUUUCCAAGAUGUUUCCUGGCAUAAACUGUGAUUUGGUACUGAUUAUAGGGAAAAUCGAGGAAGUGUUAAAUUGGUACACUUGGUCAGUGUACUGCAGGUCACAUGAACAUUUAAGAAUUUGAAGUUUGUUAGCAGGGUCUGCUGCAUUACUGAUUUAUUUAAUUAUUUUCUUUAUUGUCCACAGUGAGUUCAACAGUGUUAUAAGAUUGCAAAGUUAAAUGAGUGGCAUACUCUUAGGUUCGGGAAACAUAACAUUAUAACAUUAUAUGCUACACGCCUACAUAAAGGGUACACUACCCUGUGUUGGCACAUUGGCAAUGGACCAUAAUUGUAAAAUGCAGUAUAAUCCAAUAUAGAGGUAAUACUAUUCUGGGCUGAGGAAGCCACUGUUUAGGCUCAUGCUGUCUGAUGAGGUGUAGCUAGAAUGGAUUAGAGGUGGUAUCGCUUGGUCUCAUACAACAUGUACCACAGUAAACAUCAUCAGCAUUGUUCGGUACUGUGUGCAGCAGCUGAUUUUUAGCCUCUAGGUGUGUGUCUUAGUCAGAGUGUGUCUGUGGAUGUACAAGUGUUUCUGAGGGUGACUGUCAGCAGCAAGCCCACAUACAAUAGCAACAAGGCUGUGGAUUUGUCCCCAGUGGCCUGAUAAUGAAUAUUAAACUGUCCCUCUUCACUAUUUCUUCCCUACGCACCUCCUCCUCCCUCCCUGUCACCCACCCUCCCCCCAUUUAUCCCUCAGCUCUUUGCUCAUUCCCUCUGCAACCCCACCCCAUUGUCUUUCCUAUUUUGCUCCUCACCUUACUCACUUGUUUGUGCUCAUUUGGAAGACAGAGUUGGAAGUAUUAGCCAUGUUUGGCUCAGAGCUCUGUGGCGUACAGUGACAUAAAAGAGUGGAGGAGGGAAGCGAGAGCUCCCCAGGGGCUGCAGGGGGCUGUCAUGACUGAAGUGCUUGUAGAUCAGAUUAAAAUGUCUUGUUUACUGAAAAACCCAAACUGCAUACAUAAAACACCAACCAGUUAUAGUAAGGACGAAGUAAAAGUUGGAAGACCUUCAAGUUUAAAGAACAAGGCUACUGUAAUUGUCAACAAAUCCCAUUAAUGUAGGUGGGAUUGUCAAAAAAAAUAUGAUGCCCAUGUUAAUCGUAAUAAAUGAAUAAUAUAAUAGUAUUUUUCUAUAUAUAUAGUUAUCUUGGACAAUAAUGACACCAUAAGCUAUAUCAGGGUUUGGCUACACAGACAAUACUGACCUGUAAGAUCAAUCAAUUGUUGGUUUUAGUGUUUUCAUUGGUUUUGUUGACAAUAACUGUGCAACUGUGUUUUAUGAAGUUAAACAUCUUACCUUUUAACUUCUCUUAUUUUAUAUUUGCAUCCUAUGUCAAGGAAACUACCAAUGAACUACUGCU